GUGUCCAUGCGCGCCGCCACUCACGGGCUCGUGGUCAACAUCAUACACUCGCUGUGCACCUGCACGUCGCCGGGCUUCAUUGAGGAAACCCGCCGCCUCCUCAACCUGUCCUUGGAAGAGUUCUCUCUGCCGAAGUUCUACCAGAUGUUCGGCAUCUCCAACGUCAAGUCGCCCGCCGUGACCGCUUUCAGGAGCCCCUACAACAACAGGCAUACUGAUUGGUGAGGCGCGUACCGGAAAACGCAGCCCCUGGGCUCAAGCACACACACAGACAGGGAACGUCUACCACUACAGUCGUUAGAGACAAUUACUGAUGCGCUGUUAGAAAUCAUGGAGAUAUGCAUGAGGGACAUACCUAAUUGCGACUGGCUGCAGACGUGGACGGCGCUCGCCAAGAGUUUUGCUUUCUGCUUCAACCCAGCGCUGCAGCCGCGGGCCUUGAUUGUAUUUGGAUGCAUAAGUAAGAACGUGUCCGACAACGAAAUGAAACAGCUGCUCCGUAUAUUAGUGAAAGCGUUGGAGUCUUUCAACGAUCUGGCGCUGCUGGAAGCACUUAUUAUGUGCCUGACUCGACUGCAGCCGCUGUUACACCCUGAAUCUCCAAUCCACAAGGCACUGUUCUGGGUGGCUCUAUCCGUGCUACAACUGGACGAUCCUACGUUAUACGCCGCUGGUCUGGCGCUGAUGGAGCAAAACCUCCAUACUUUGGACUCGCAGGGACAGUUUGAGAACAAGACGCUGGAACAGGUGAUGAUGGAAACUAGAGAACCCUUGGAGUGGCAUUUCAAGCAAUUGGAUCAUGCAGUUGGACUAAGCUUCCGUUCGAACUUCCACUUCGCUCUCGUGGGCCACUUGAUCAAGGGUUAUCGUCACCCUGUAGCUGGCACCGUGUCUCGCACGUGCCGCGUGCUGCUCGCGCUGCUGGCUAUCACGUCGCAUCCGCACGCGGACAAGUUCCACGUGGCUGCCGAUACUGUGGCCUACUUGACGGCGCUAGUGUGUGUGAGCGAGGAAGUGCGAUCGCGGUGUCACGUCAAGUUCUCGCUGCCAAAAUGGCUGCCUGACAACUGUGACCACUACUGCCCUACUGGCGAUCACCAACUAUCGAUGUCGGCGCCAUCAAAUACGUCUACCCACUCGGUGUGCAGCCGACGACAGAAGUCAUGGGAUAUACUGGACCAAGUUGCCAUCACUUCGGCGCAUGGGGGCAAGUCCCCCACCAUGCAGCAAUCAGGCAGCGGGGGCCACUCUCCGCACCUGAGCGCGAUGGGUCACCAGGACAGCGAAGGGCGCGCGCAUAGUAUGCAACACGGCGCUACUGGCGACGCGGCCAGGUCCGAACAGGGAGGCGAUGAUAAUGGGAUAGAAGUGGUAGAAGACGACGGCAGGAUAUCACCAGGCAGCACGGAUGACGCUACCGACCGGCCCUCAUCCACCAAGUCUGGAGACAGCGACUACCCUGAGACUUGCAUCAAGGUACUAUCGCAAGGGUCAACGGACAAGGACACCACAUCGAGUCCAGAGAGCAACUGCCUGUUAGACCCGUCUGUUUUGUCCGACUUCACGACGCAAGCCCUUGUGCUGACCGUACUGGCCACUCUAGUAAAGUAUACCACAGAUGAAGACGAAAUCCGAAUCCUGUACCAGUACUUAGCUGAGGGAUCUGUGGUGUUCCCCAAAGUAUUCCCCGUCAUACACAGCUUACUGGACAUGCGUAUAAACCACGUGUUGACGCACUGCAGCGACCAAGUCAUACUCAGCGCUGUGCAGAGCAUUAUUCAGAACAUGCUGGCGUCCGAAGACGCGAGCCAACAGCAACUUCAUUACAUGCAGAGUUGCGGCUUCGGCGGACUGUGGCGGUUCGCUGGACCUUUCACGAAGAACCAAUGCACAGCCGAAAGCAGCGAGCUAUUCGUGAACUGCCUCGAGGCCAUGGUGGAGACCUGCCUGCCCGGCGACGAGCCGCUCGUGCGCCCGCCGCCGCCCGACCCCGACCCCAAGGACGACCCGCACCGGCUCGCUGGUACAUACACUAGAUCUCCCGUUGAGACACUUGAUUCCCCUUUGACACGUGACUCCCCCUUGGACUCCCCUAGACACUUGACUCCCCUAGACACUUGGCUCCCCCUAGACACUUGGCUCCCCCUAGACACUUGGCUCCCCCUAGACAGUGCACAGCCGAGAGCAGCGAGCUAUUCGUGA